UGAGGUCGGAUGAUGACGAGUGUUAUUCUCAGCUCUUUCACCGUCCCUGCUGGUUCUCCGCCGCGCGUCUUGACGCGAGCCUGUCCCUUUAAGAAAUCUGUGAAUGGAGCGUGAACUUGAGCUUUCCUCGAUGACGUCAAGGGUUACAGAGGUUGACGCUCGCUCAGAAAGAGCCACAGAUCCGCGAUGACUGCACAGGGGGGGGGUAGAUUUUUUUAAUUGUCGCUUUUUCAUUUGUUCUCAUUUUUUAUGUCUCAAAUUAAGUUUUAAGUUGGAAUAUCUUUAGUUUGUGCAAACAUAACAGUUCCGCUUAAACCUCCGCCCUUUUCUGAGCGCCCUUUUUCUUUAUUUUCAGACAUGCGUCUUUUUGCUUUUGCAUUCUAAAGAGUCUGGAAAUACCAAAAUGUCCCUGUUGGAUGACAGUAAUGCUGGAUUGCUGCUGUAAGAGAGACCAGUACGCUUCUGUCUACUCCGCUGUUCCGUUUUAAGUGAAAAUGCUUCAUAAUGAGGAGGAGCAGGCGGUGACUGCAAGUCCUGCGCAACACGGGACAGCGCUCCGCAGCAGUGGCUCCUCCAGCCUGGGCAGCAGCACAGUGGGCCUCCUACCACCUGCUUACCCUAAAGUGGAGUUCAGGAGAAACGCAGUGACUGAUGACUAUAAGAUCACAUCUCAGGUCCUAGGUCUGGGAAUCAAUGGCAAAGUGUUGGAGUGUUACUGUAAGAACACGGGGGAAAAGUGCGCCCUUAAGAUUCUCUAUGAUACUCCUAAAGCCAGACGGGAGGUUGAGCUACACUGGCGAGUGUCAGGAGGCCCCCACAUCGUGCGAAUCCUCAGCCUGUAUGAGAAUAUGCACCAGGGGAAGAAAUGUCUGCUCAUUGUGAUGGAGUGCAUGGAGGGAGGGGAGCUGUUCAGCCGUAUCCAGGCCAGAGGGAACCAGGCCUUCACUGAAAGAGAGGUGUCGGAGAUCAUGCACAACAUCGGCACGGCCAUAGAGUACCUCCACCAUGUGGACAUUGCUCACAGAGAUGUGAAGCCCGAGAAUCUGCUCUACACAACAAAGGACAGCAACGCUACGUUAAAACUGACUGACUUUGGCUUCGCAAAGGAGACUAAAGUGCACAACUCCCUCCAAACCCCCUGUUACACCCCGUAUUAUGUUGCACCAGAAGUGCUCGGACCGGAGAAAUAUGAUAAGUCAUGUGACAUGUGGUCUCUGGGGGUCAUCAUGUACAUCCUGCUCUGUGGAUUUCCCCCUUUCUACUCCAACACAGGUCAGGCCAUCUCUCCAGGUAUGAAACAGAGAAUCAGACUGGGCCAGUAUGAGUUUCCCAACCCUGAGUGGGCUGAUGUUUCUCAGGAAGCCAAACAGCUGAUCGUUCAGCUGCUGAAGACAGACCCCAGUGAGAGGAUGACCAUCGGUCAGUUCAAGAACCACCCAUGGAUCAGUCAGUCAAUGGUGGUCCCACAAACACCCCUGUACACCUCUCGGGUUUUGACAGAAGAAAAGGAGCUGUGGGACGAUGUGAAGGAGGGAAUGACCAGCGCCCUGGCCACUAUGCGCGUGGACUACGACCAGGUAAAGAUCAAGGACUUGGACACGUCCAACAACCCUCUGCUAAACAAGAGACGCAACCGGCCGGCGCCUAGAGCGACAGGCAUCGCAGAGGGAGGGGACAGGGGAAAGGGAGUGUAACUGUAAAAGAGAGGUGGCAUUUAAUGAAGGGCAUGAAAAAAAAAAGAUUUCUGAACAAAAUUUAUGUAAACGUAAGCUGUAAGCAAUACCCUAUCCACAUAUCGUAUACUUUGUGUGUUUGUUCCUUGUGUUUCAUUACUCCUUAGUAGAAAAAAACAAUCUCAUUUAUAUUUUAACAAUUGCAUCUCUGAUGCACUGUAAUAAAUUUUUUUGAUUUGA